UUGGAUCGCCUGUCCACGUCACUGGCGUAUCAUCUGACGUUGUUCGUUUGGCUGACUGUUUUCUAAAUAUUUUUUUUAGGGUAUGCAAUCCAAAUAUUGAAGCAAUGCUAGAUCUAGGUGACAGCACGACUGAUGGAUAUGAUUAUGUUGACUUGGCCGAGCGAUUUAAAACACUUAAUAUAUUUCUUAAUGAGCAAGAAUUGACAGAAAACUUCGAUGAACCCGAUUUAAGUGACUUUAUUGCAAAUAUUGAUAUUUAUAUUGGAAUUGACGAGAUUGGAAUAGUCCAAAAUCGUAUCAAAGAGAUGAUGUAUGGACCAAGAGAUCAAUCUCAACCUUAUUUGAACUAUCUGAAAGUAUUUUUGAGAAUGUGCACAUUCCGUCAUGUACUUUUGUUAAGAGUAAUGAAUUGCCUAAUAGCGAGACAAUAUUCUCUUCGUACAGUAAAUACGUUAAGAAACUUCAUCGAAAAAGAAAGAGUUGAUAACCGUUGUUUUCUGAAGUUUUUCUCUCUGCCGAAUCUAGAAAGCACAGAAAUUGUAGCUGAAUUUGAACCAUCAGAGCACACAGAAUUGGCAGCAUAUCUUAGGGAAGUGCGACUGUCUUUUCAGGAUUUGAGAGAAAUGCUUCACGACCGAAUUUUCUUGAUCCAAUCUUUUGUAAAUCCUUUUGUCUUUCUGGCUAGAGAAAAUUCAAUUUUCAGCAACGCUGUAACAUUGACAUUUACUAAAAGAGUACUCUCCACUGACAACAACCAAUUUAAAUUCAUUGCUAAAGAUAACUCCUUCAAUCUUUUCUACAUCCAAUCCCCAAAUUCAGACAAAUGCGUGUAUAUUGAGGGAAACACAAUCAAACAGGGACAGGAAGCAAUGCACAGGGCUGCUCAGUGGAGAGUUUUACAGGUUUACAGAUCAGAUGGUGGCGACAAAACAGCGUCUUGUUUCGUUAUUUGUGCAAAACAAAGACCAAGUAGAUUCGUUUAUCUGAAAAAAGACAGAAAAUGUCUUGUAAAUCAUUCUAAACCCAACGAUGAGUGCUUAUUUGUACUGAUACCAAUUGGAGAAUCACCAAUAUUAGUCUCAAGACCUAUGGAAAGGAAUCUUAUCGAUGAAUUACAGGUUGGUUAA